UAGGAGUGUACCGGAAAGACAGGUGUGGGGGAAGUAUCACGAAAAAGCACAUGAGAAAAUUGAGAUUUAGACAACAUCUUGAUUCAUCAUCCAGAAAAGUAAAGCCAAAAUCCUUCAUCACCCAGAUUGAAUUUCCAAUGUAGAUUGAAUUUUUUUAAGCAAAGAGGGAAGAAUUAAGAUCAUUGAAUUCAAAAUUUACAAUUCAAAAUUCAAAGAGUAGCUGGGUCAGAGGAAAGAGAGAGAAACAUUAGAGGAAGAUAAUGCCAAGCGUAGCGGUGAAAUUAUACAGCGUAUUCUUCAAAUUUCUGUUGAAACAUCGUCUCCAGAAUCGAAUUCAGAGCACAACAGAUGAAUCUAAACACAAAUUGAAUAACGAGUUCGGAAUCACGACCCGACCCGAAGAAUCGGUUGCUGCAGCUAACCCAGUUUUCACCGACGGCGUUGCAACCAAAGAUAUCCACAUUGAUCCUUCCACUUCUCUUUCUGUGAGGAUUUUCCUUCCUGAAUUGGCUCUUUCAUCUGAAUCAAGGUUUAGAACAACAGCUAGGAAUUCCUAUAAACGAGGGGAUAUUCUUGUAGAAGAUUCCAGAAGAGUCAGCUUGCCUGAUCUGAAUCGUUAUUCCAAUGAGGAUUACUCAUCCAGGAGGAAUAGUUAUGGUAAUGGGAGUUUGGAAAAUAAUGGGGUUUAUAGAGGUUAUUUGCCUUCAAUUGAGCCUAAUAAUGGUGAUAAGUUGAGGAAACUGCCAGUUAUGUUGCAGUUUCAUGGAGGUGGAUUUGUUAGUGGGAGUAAUGAUUCUGUUGCUAAUGAUUCCUUUUGUCGGCGAAUUUCCAAAUUUUGUGAUGUUAUGGUGUUGGCUGUUGGGUAUAGGUUAGCACCUGAAAAUCGAUACCCGGCUGCGUUUGAUGAUGGUUGGAAGGUAUUGAAUUGGCUUGCUAAGCAGGCUAAUUUGGCUGAAUGUAGCAAAUCUUUGGUCAGUAGAGGUGGUGCUCUUGGAGGCGGAGCUAGUGGCGGUAGUGGUGUGGCUGGUGGAGACAUUAAAAAGUCAGAUAUGCCUUGGCAUACUGCUGUUGCUGAUACUUUUGGUGCUUCCAUGGUGGAGCCUUGGUUGGCUGCUCACGCUGACCCUUCUAGAUGUGUCCUUCUUGGUGUUAGUUGCGGGGCCAAUAUUUCAGAUUAUGUGGCAAGGAAAGCUGUCGAGUCUGCAAAGUUGCUCGAUCCUGUGAAAGUUGUCGCACAGGUGUUGAUGUACCCGUUCUUUAUUGGGAGCGUCCCUACACAUUCAGAGAUAAAAUUGGCCAAUUCAUACUUCUAUGACAAAGCCAUGUGUGUGCUUGCCUGGAAGCUAUUCUUACCAGAAGAUGAGUUCAAUUUAGACCACCCAGCAGCGAAUCCAUUAGUUCCAAAUCGAGGACCUCCAUUAAAACUCAUGCCCCCAACAUUAACAGUCGUGGCGGAACAUGAUUGGAUGAGGGACCGAGCCAUUGCAUACUCAGAGGAGUUGCGGAAAGUCAAUGUGGACGCCCCAGUUCUAGAGUACAAAGACGCAGUCCACGAGUUUGCAACCCUUGAUAUGCUUCUCAAAACCCCUCAAGCACAGGCAUGUGCUGAAGAUAUAGCUAUCUGGGUUAAGAAAUACAUCUCGAUGCGAGGUCAUGAGUUCUCAUAUUGAGUGCUUCUGUAGUAUUUUGUCGGCGUACUUUUGAAAUCGAUAUCGAUAGUGCUGUGCUUGAGCUGUGUCCGACGUUAAGAGUGGAAGCUUCCGGAAUCAUUUAGAAAUUGCUAUCGGAGGGAUAUUUGUUCCGUUGCCUCGAGUCAUUAUCGGUGUCGAUAUGAUUUGGUAUUUUUUUAAAUUUUAUUUCAUUGAUUAUGGUUGUAAUGUAACAUAGGCCAUGGGUGUAGGAUUUAGUAGCAACUUGUAAUUUGCACUUGUGAACAAACGCUCACUAAUUUGGUGACGUUUUUUUGUGAAAAUUUUUUCUCCUGUAUCAACAUGUAUCAUCUACGGAUAAGAGUUAUGAUGUUUGCCAAUUCUUGGAAGCUGAAAUGCUAUGAUUUUCAAUUUGACCAUAAAAUAGCAUAAGUGA